UUAUAGAUAUCACCACCAACAGAAAAUAGAUCUGAAGUUAAAUAUUGGUCCUGAUUUUUCAUUGGUUAAUAAUUCGCAAAUUUUAUUCAUCGCACUGAUACCAUAAUAUUUUAGAUAUUUUGUGGUGCGUGCAGUUUGCUUUGGUUAAUGUUGUAAUUACUAUUUUCCAUUUCUUUUUUUGGCAUUUUUUAUUAUUUGUGUGUCCUGUUCAAAUUCGUUUCUUGCACCAUAUUAAUUAAAUCAAAGCCUACGUGACACUUGAUUUCUCUGUCGAAAGAUAUUUGACAGAAUUUAUUCAAAAUUAGAUUUAUUGGCAAAUAUCUAAAGCUUGCGUUCACUUUUGAACCUUGUAUUUUGUGAAUAUCUUGCUUACUCUUCACUUGCUUUUCAGACUAGGUGAAUAAUUUUGGGAAGCCUCUAGCAAGUUUCGCUUGAGGUCUGUUAUCAUCCCAAAAAUGCCGCACCAUUUUUGCUACACUAACUUUGCUUCUCCUGAGACCUUGGCGGCAUUACAGAAAACAAGUGCAGAAACGAAUGCACUCGAUCGUGGUAAAAGCGUUCCUGAAACCCCUCGUUCCUAUCCCGUGGUCGAAAAAGAAUCACCUUCAGGAGUUUCGGACUCGACAUGGGAUGUGUGGAUUGCCUCUCAGAUCUUAGAUUCUGCAGCUGCUCUUCGCAAAACUAUCUCAAUCAAUGGUGCUCUUUUUAAUUUUGCAAACUUCGGUGCGAGUUUAUACAGUAGGUGUUUUCAGCAUGUCAACUUGUCUGCAAAUUUCACCGAUAAAAAAUCCAGUAAAUGCAGAAAAAACUGGAAAUCUAACAGAAGAAACACGAAAAAUUUCUCAGUUUUGCUAUAUAUGUUUCUGACUAUGACGAGUGUGCUUGGUUCUCAAGCUUUUGGAUCAACGCAGGAAAAAUGUGAGCCCUAUUUCGACGGCAAUCACCACUACUCAAAGUGCGAAAUAGCCGAGAAGUUUCUGGACAAGGAAGAAGAACUGUUAAUUAACCGACCAAACACCCCGUCAGGUUGCGAAAAGUGUGUACAAAAAGUAACUGCACACGAAGCGAACCAUCACGUGCAGUUGGAGUUCAAAACUAUCGCUAUCCAAGAGAGUUCGAGGGACAAAUUCAAACAGUGCCAUACAUGUCUGUGCGGGGUGCUGGCGGUCUACGAUGGGAGUUUCCUGAUCGGGGAGUGGUGCUACGGACGCUUCACCAGCAAGUACUUGACAUCCAACGGGAGGACUCUCACCUUCGUGUACAGGACUGAGAAGGACACUACUAAGCCAAACGCCACUUUUCACCUGGUGGUCAAACCCGUUCCACAAAGGACAACUGAGAUAAUUUCUGUGGACGAGGGUUUCUCUGGACUGCAGUCUGGACACCUGAUAAGCAGUGACCAGUUCCCAGCUGGAUCUUAUACGGAGGGACCUAGAGGAAUGAGGUUGUGGAUGUUUGUGAACAACAGACCUGGAACUACUUUGAGACUCAAGUUCAAUGACAUGUAUCUCAAGCCGCCACAGAUGGUGGGGUUCUGCCCGACUGCUUUCAUUAAUAUAUUCCACGGACCUCCCCAGUUGUCGGACACUUGGUACUCAGUUCUCUGCGACAGGAACUUCCCAGAAGACAUCUACUUCACGGGAAGGAUUGUAACUGUAGCCUUUUUGUCUAUAAGCUCGGGAUCAGUGGCGGAUUAUGGGAAUGGAUUCAAUAUAAGCUACACAUUCUUCAAUCGCAAUGUAACCGGACACAAACAUCUAGAUUGUGGAGAGUUCAACAACACCAAUGCAUUCGGCCAAGGCUUCAGGUUACCUCCCGGAGGUUCGGAGAGUGUAGAGAAAAAGUCAAAAGACGCAUCCUCGACUGAAGUUGCACUGAAGGAGUCAGCUCCUGGCCCGUCCGGCCAUUCGUCAACCAGGAUGAAUGCAGAUCUGAGGUGCCACUGGAGGAUUGUUGGACCCCCGGACUAUGAUAAAUUCAUGGUGACCAUAACUAGUUUCCAGAUCAACCCCCUAUCUAAUACGGGCGAGACGAUGCAAGAGCUAGAGUCAGACGAUCCCCCCAAGCGAGGUACACCUGGAUGGUCCAUAUCUCUGAAAGAGCCAGUGGGACUCAAACUGUUUGACGGGAUGUUUUCCAGUUCUCCGGUUCUAACAGAACACCUGGUGACAGACCCUGUGCAGCCGGGAAACAGACCUCAGUUCUAUCUGACAUCGAAGCCCAAAGUGAGAAUAGAUGUGUCAUACCCUACUCAAACUUUGGGUACAAUUGGAUUCGGCUAUGCAGCCAUUCGUCUGCUAGAUCCACAGUCGGAAGACACUUGCCACGCCUAUAAUGAGUUCAAGUGUUCCGGAGUAACGAUUGGCGAUAAGGCAUAUGGAGACAACCCAGUGAAGUUUGCGGUGGGCGACUAUUGCAUCCACCGACAACUUGUCUGCGACGGGGUCCCCAACUGCAUUAAGGGAGAAGACGAAGAAGAAAAAGGGGUGUCAAAGUGUGGCAGCGAAAUGAAAUGGCAACCCGAAAAUGUUCCUGCAGAGGGUCUGGGAGGCCUGACAGUUGCCCUGAUAGUGGUUGUAGUCGUCUUAGGAAUUGCAAUGACUCUGUUCGCUGUACUAUUUAUGGUCAAGAAGCUCAGAUCGUCUUCAGGAGGUGGUUGUCCUGGAUCGAGAGGCUCAAGUAGAAAUGCAGACCAGGAUAGCAAUGUUUUGUCUUCUACAAAUCCAGCUACGAAUUCAAGUACCUUCAGCUCACAAGGUCAUCAGAAUGGACAUGUGAAUGCGGGACAGCGACACUCUAGCAGCAGUUCGGCGGGUGGGCGCAACAGUCGCCACAGUUCAGGUGAUAAUUCCGGAGGUGUUCAUCAGUCGAACAACCCAAUCGUUGAACACGAUCCACACGUCACACCCCAGCCGAUCUACAUUGCGACGAGAUACACCCAGCCCGGGCCCCCUCCCUAUGAUAUGCUGGGCUAUCAUAGCAAUAGGCUCCCUUCGGUGGACGAGGAGAACGAGGCGGAUUUUGGUGCUACGGACACGACCGAUGCACACGACAGACUGUUCCUGCUGCGCUAUGAUUCGGGUAAAAAUGACUCAAGUCUCAGCUAGCGAGAAACUGUGACAGUUAUCCUGGUAGCCUACAGCGCAGAGGAUUGUUAAAAAACUUGUAUAUUAACCAAAACUUGAAAAAUUACAAAACAUUCUAUUAAAUUAAUUACAAAGUUGUUAUGUUUUGUCGCUAAAAGCGUUAGAACGAUUGUCAGCAAACUGCCCUUUCCUCGUGUGUUCCUAUACGUGUUUUAUCUUCCUAUAUUUGAGGUUGGUUCGUUGUGAUUCGUUAAUUGUGAGAAGUUGAACCUUGACUUUCAAUUUGAUGCUGAGCUAUUCUUAGAACUGUAUGAUUCAGUUUUUAGUGACUCUGACAAAACUUAAACAAAUCUCCUUCAUUCAAUCUGGUGCGAUUUUAUACAAGGUUUGAGCGUGGUCUUGAACUUACCCGUAUGGUGCUUCAAUAUUUGUAAUGUCAUUUUAGCAGCAUUGCAUUUGCAUGUCCGAAAUGGCUACAAUAAAUUUGUCCAAAUUAUGACACUCGAUUCCAUUGAUCCAAUUUUUGUUGUGUAAUUUGUCGUAAAAGUUCUCCCAAAAAACUGGCAUUCACAAUUAAUCUCGAUAACUUGCUAAACUGUUUAAUGAGUUUGAUUUUUGUUAAAAAAUAUAAUUUUAUGCCCGUUUUAAUGAAAAUUUUUGGAGCUUGCUGGGCUCAUAUGUGAUGCACAAAAAAUGUGCGGAGCUCAUGCUGGCUUGGAGAUUAACAUCAAAAUCACAACAACAUGUGUCAAAUCAAAUUCUAUUCUUUAAACACUUAUUUUGUGCUCAUCGAUAGUAACAUAGAUAAUUUUUACAAGUUGGAGGAUCCUAAACUAAUAACUAGGUUAUUUAUCAAGAAGUAAUCCUUAGUUCCCCAUUUUGUUGUCACUGCAGGCAUUGGUGUCAAAGUUUGACCUUUAUUUCGGCAGUUUGGCUUUGUCAUUCGGCACCUUUUUGUCCUUAACUGUCGACAGUGAACUUGAUUGUGCUUAUAUUUUCCCUUAGCCCUUCCUCUAAUGCACUACCGCAGGGUUGAUGUUCAAAAAUCCGAAUCUCCGAUCCGCAUAAAAUCUGUUGACUGCCAAGUGCAAACAUCCGUAGCUUCAAUUAUGUUAAAAUGAUAUGCGAAUCAAACAUCUGAAAUUCGCUGCUAUGUGUUGUUUGCUUAAUAAAUCUUGGAAUUUGUUUCGUGAAACGAAAACAACGAGCAAGUGAAAUACUGGGUUUUGGUAAGUCUGUGCAUUUUUGAUUUGUCUAUUUAUUGAACCUUCGGAUGUUUGCACGGUGGUUUUUCGUAUCCCAUCUUUUUAUGUUGUCCUAGUCCCAGAUCCAGAUUGCCUUUUUCAUCUCAAGAAAAGUCUAGAGUGCUAACCACAUAAUUUCGGCCACUUUGGUUGGAAAUGUUCUGUUUAAAACAAGAUAUAAUUUAUAUCGUUUUACACCCUCGACUGAAACUGAUUAAUGCGUUAAUUGGAACACCAUUUUGGACUUGGUUGAAAAACCUAUUAAAAAGUAGUACGUCAAUGUUACACAAUCGAAAAAAAAACAGAUAGUGUGUUUAAAUAUCGUCAUAGAGAAGAGACAUCAACUGUCUCAUUUUGAAAACAAUGACCUACUUGCCGACGUUCAGCGAGCCGAUUGUGUAAUUCGUUCUAAAGUGGCAUUAUUAUGAUUUUCGUUUCGUUCAACCAACGCUACCUGCGCGAGAUGGGGACUAAAUUCAAUGUAGUUGUUACGAUUUGAAAGAAGUGGCUAUUUGAAUGAGAGCUUUAGUUGUGCUGCUCAACGUAGUGCGUUUGUCCUACAUGACUGCUAAAUGGAUCGAAAGAGCAGAGGAAAAAUUGGAGAUAAAGCCAUUCGUUUGUGCUGUUAUUUUAUAACUAAUUUAUUAUUUUAAUACAAAGUUUUACAUCCUA